GAGUUCACUCCAGUACAGUUGGUGCCUGCAUCCUGCAUGGAGCAGACAGAUAUGACCGGCGAUUCCGUGGUACGAAACGACAAUUCAGGCUCCCCUACUCCCGUCCAAGAAGAGGUGGGAGAUGAGGGAGGGAUCCAGAAAGUUGCCAAGCUCGUCGGUUCGGUAAAAAUCGAAGGUGCUGACAGCCAGCAGCCUGUUCCUGAACCGAACAGUGCCCCGCUCAUUCCAGAGUCCCAGCAGAAUGGACAUCAUGUCAACAACCACCACGACCAGAAUGGCAAGGAAGUUGCGAAGGCCGCGGAAGACGGCCUGGCGGCGGGAGAAGGGGGGAAGGUUACAGCCGAAGGGGAAAAGGCCGAGAAUUCGAAGGACGACCAGGAAGUCAUCGUGAUCCAGGACAUGGGCUUCAACAUCAAGGUCGUGGCUCCUGGGAUCGAACCAUUUGAGUUGCAGGUGAGUUCCCAGGAGAUGGUUCAGGAGAUCCACCAGGUGUUGAUGGACAGGGAGGACACCUGUCAUCGCACCUGCUUCUCCCUGCAGUUCGAGGGAAACGUCCUCGACAACUUUGCUGAGCUGAAGAACAUCGAGGGUCUGCAGGAAGGCUCUGUGCUGAAGGUGGUGGAAGAGCCGUACACAGUACGCGAGGCGAGAAUCCACAUGCGGCAUGUUCGGGACCUGCUGAAGUCUCUGGACCCGGCCGAUGCCUACAACGGCAUGGACUGUAGCUCCCUCUCCUUCCUCAACGUCAUCACGGAGGGCGACAUAGAAAUGAAGAAAAGAAAACGAAACGACAGUGACUCGGUGGACUGCACCCCACCAGACUAUGUGAUGCCUGGAGCAAAGGAUAGGCCAAUACUUCCACUCCAGCCUAUGUCAAAAGACCUCAAGUCCCCCCAGUGCCUGAAGGUUCUGACAGCCAGCGGUUGGAACCCUCCCCCAGGGAACAGGAAGAUGCACGGGGACCUCAUGUACCUGUCUGUGGUCACCGCAGAGGACAAACACUUCCACCUCACAGCCUCCACUAGGGGAUUCUUCGUCAACCAGUCCACUCAGGAGACGUUUAACCCCAAACCUGCCAGCCCCAAGUGUUCGGCUCACUCCCUCAUCGAACUGCUGAACCAGAUCAGCCCUGUCUUCAAGAGGAACUUUGCAACACUGCAGAAAAGAAGGGUGAACAGACAUCCCUUUGAGAGAAUAGCCACCCCCUUCCAGGUGUACAGUUGGACUGCUCCACAGAUGGACCACACCAUUGAUUCUGUCAGGGCAGAAGAUGCUUAUACAUCAAGGCUUGGAUAUGAAGAACACAUACCAGGACAGACCAGAGACUGGAACGAGGAACUGCAGACCACCAGGGAACUUUCUCGGAAGAACCUCCCCGAGAGACUCCUGAGGGAGCGCGCCAUCUUCAAGGUGCACAGCGACUUUGUUGCCGCGGCAACUCGAGGGGCGAUGGCGGUGAUUGACGGGAACGUGAUGGCCAUCAACCCGGGCGAGGAGGCCAAGAUGCAGAUGUUCAUCUGGAACAACAUUUUCUUCAGUCUGGGAUUUGAUGUGAAGGACCACUAUAAGGAGUAUGGUGGCGACUACGCUGCCUACAUCGCACCUAGUAAUGACUUGAAGGGAGUGCGAGCCUACAACGGUGUGGACAUCGAGGGUUUGUACACCCUCGGGACGGUGGUCAUAGACUACAGGGGGUACAGGGUCACUGCACAGUCUAUUAUACCAGGCAUCCUGGAAAGAGAGCAAGAACAGAGUGUUGUGUACGGCUCCAUCGAUUUCGGCAAAUCUGUAGUAACAAAUGACAAAUACCUAGAACUUCUGGAAAAAACGUCUAAACCUCUGAAGAUUUUACCACACAAAGUAAUUAAUGAUCAGAAUGAGGAAGUACAAAUCAUCUCAUCUGUUGAGUGCAAGGGCAUUGUGGGAAAUGACGGCAGGUAUUACGUGCUAGAUCUCCUACGGACGUUUCCACCGGAUGUCAACUUCCUUCCAAUGGAGGGGGAGGAGCUGAGUGAGGAGUGCAAGGUUCUAGGGUUUCCCCGGAAACACAAACACAGGCUGGCCUGCCUCAGACAGGAACUGGUGGAUGCCUUCGCAGAGAACCGGUAUCUCCUGUUCAUGAGGCACGCAGCUCUGCAACUCAUGAGCAUUCGGCAGAAGAAAGCAACCACAGUAGAAGAGGAACAGAAGAUCUCAAAAAGGCUUGUUGCUGCCGCCCAGGGCCUCAGAUCACCCGAUCUCCCCCCAAAAGAUGUGCACGAUCUAGACAAGAACGAGACAACUGAAGAAGACCCCAACAACCCUCCCCCCUCCUCCACCACCACCGAGUCAGACAGCCAGCAACCUUCCAGCGAAUCGAAAGAAAUCGAAACAAAAGAGAGUAGAGAAAGUGAUGGUAAGGAAGCCGCGAAAAACGACCCAAAGGCAAAGGUCUCUGGGUGCACAAGGGGCCAGGGUGCUAGUUCUAAGGACCCCAUUGACGCAGAAGCACAGGCUUUGGUAGAGUCGCUGGCAGAACAAGACUCAGGUUCACUGGAUGCCGCGAGUCGGGAAGUUAUCAACGCAGCGUGCCGUGCAAUUGGAUCUUUAAGUGACUCGGAGUUUGACGUCCGUUUCAACCCAGAUGUCUUCUCACCUGGUGUAACACAUCCAGACCCUCAGGGUGACCAGUUCAGGAAACAGAAGCAGUUAGUGAAGGAUGCUGCCGCUUUCCUGGUUUCUCAUCAGAUAGGCGGAUUUGUGAAGGACUGCUUAGAACAUUCCAUCACGGCCAUAGAUGGGCAGUCACUGUGUGAGGCGUUACAUGACAGGGGCAUCAACAUGAGAUACCUUGGCAAGGUGGCAGACCUUUUGUCACAGCACAACCUUCUGGAACACAUUCAUAGGAUAUCGGUGUCUGAGAUGAUCUGCCGCGCUGCUAAGCACCAGUUCAAGUCGUACAUGCAGGGAGUGGAGAUGUUGUGUCUUUCUGCUGCAGUCUCACACUUCCUCAACUGUCUCCUCUCAACCUUCUCCAACCCACACCCUCAACUACCCGAGGACUUUGGGCUCAACAUGAACAAAAAGAAGAAGAACAAGAAGAGGUCGAGGCAUUACCCUAUAGCAAACCAUGUUGACAGAGAAUGGGCUAGCCUGACUCCCCAGGACAUGUGGUCCAACAUCAAGGCAGAAGUCAAGGAGUAUUUUGACUUCAACCUCACCUGUGACAGCAGUGAUUCAGCAGUGGAGACCUACGGCCUCCAGAAGACCUCCCUCCUGCGGGAGAUCUGUAUCAAGUGUGGAGUGCAGGUACUGCUGAGGGAGUACAACUUCGACUCCAAGCACAGGGCCACCUUCACGGAGGAGGAUAUCAUCAACAUCUUCCCCAUUGUCAAACAUGUCAAUCCCAAGGCCACAGAUGCCUAUCACUUCUUCCAGAGUGGCCAAGUCAAGAUUCAACAAGGGUUCCUGAAGGAAGGUUUUGAGUUGAUUAACGAGGCGCUGAACCUGUUUAACAACGUGUACGGCGCCAUGCACCCCGAGAUCGCCGCCUGCCUGCGUACACUGGCCAGGCUCAACUACAUCCUCGGCGACCCGGUAGAGGCCUUGAAUAACCAGCAGAAGGCAGUCCUGAUGAGUGAGAGGGUCCUGGGUAUCGACCACCCCAACACUAUCACUGAAUAUGUGCACCUGGCGUUGUACUGCUUCGCUAACCAGCAGGUGUCGGCUGCCCUGCGGCUGAUGUACCGCGCACGUUACCUCGCACUAGUGGUGUUUGGGGAGGACCAUCCAGAGAUGGCGCUGUAUGAUAGCAACAUCGGUCUGAUUCUGCACGGUGUGGGGGAGAUCGACCUGUCACUACGUUUCCUUGACAACGCCCUUGAGCUGAACAGGAAGUACCAUGGCCAGCGGAGCCUCAAGGUUGCGCUGAAUCACCACCUGCUGGCGCGAGCCUUCUCCUGUAAGGGCGACUUCCGCGCUGCGCUCAUGCACGAGAGGGAGACAUACACCAUCUACAAGAGCCAGCUGGGAGAGCAGCAUGAGAAGACAAAGGACAGUUCCGAGUGUCUGAAGCACCUCACGCAGCAGGCAGUGGUACUGCAGCGCACGAUGAAUGAGAUUUACAAGAGUGGUUCACAGGCAACCAUCCCUCCACUUCAGAUUUCCCCACCUUCUGCCAGCAGUGUUCUGGAGCUGAUCAACAUCAUCAACGGCAUCGUGUUCCUCCCUCUCAGUCAAAAGGACCUAGACAGACUGCAGCAGAGGCAACAAGUGCUGGGCAACCUCGCUGAGAACAAAGUAAAGGACAUGCCGACCAUCAAGGAGGCAGGUGACCAGGAAUCGUCCGCACCAAAAGUUCCAGAGGAGGACGACUCUAAAGCGACGAAAGCUGACACCGCAGAAGCCGACGACGGAGCAGCAAGAUAGAACUUAGCAUAAACUAGGACCGUAUUUUUUGUCAAAGGGGUCUUUCCUCAUCAUUCUAGUGAUGAAUGCAGCAGGUUACAUCCACGAUUGUUCAGCAAAAGAAGUUGCAAACGAGAUGGAGUGAUUUUGAUUGUCACAGACCAAGUGUGUUUCCUUUACAAGAGGAAGAAGGCACUAUUUGGCUACACUCCAGUGGUGUUGCCAAAAAAACAGGCUAAGAGGUUAAAGCUGAGAUGCAGUGUUGAAGUAACUAACAGAGAUCAUUGUCUUGUGUAGAAAAUUAUAUGUAUUUGUUGCCGAAACUUUAUUGCACAAAUUCCCCUUCCAAUUUAUUGUGUUGAAUUGAAGAUACAAAGAUGAUAUGUUGUUCUUCCAAAUGUCUGUUUUGAAAACCUCAGCAAUGAACUGGUACAAGAUUUGAAAAAAAAAGAUUGAGUGUUACAUUUAAUGAUGUACAAGUGAGUAACAAAGUGUGUCCAUGACAAGCAAGGUUAUAUAAUGUACUACAUGUAGGUACUGUUACUGUGUAGAAGAGCUGUUUAAGUGGUGGGUGCAAAAAUGUUGUCUUCCAUGCUCGCAACCUUGCAAGCGUUAUUACAUAUUCCUUGAAUUUUUAGACCAUUUUCAGUGUAAUUCUGCCAUUAUCACAAAAGUGUUACCUGAAAUGAAGAAUUUUAGGACAAUACAUGAAGGAAGCUGCUUCAGAAUUUGAUUCACAUAGACCGGGUGUUUCAGUAUGACUGAAAUGAGAUAUGAAUUCUUUACUGCGGGUCCAAAAAACACUGCCUCAAUGUGAUUUCUGUCAAGGAAUUUUUCUUCAUUCUGUUUGAAACAUGUUCACUCAAAAGGUACUAAUGUUAAAAGAAACAUAAGCAACAGUGCUAUAACAGUGGGAUGCUUUGGACAUUCUAUAUGAUUGUGAACAGAGUAAAUAGUAUGUAAUGUGCUACGUACAUGUAGCUUUGGGAAAAUGUUAGGGAGUUCUUUCUGACCACUAGCUGACUGAAGUAAGCCACAUGUGUUUGAGCCUCGCUGCUAGAUGAAAGAAAAUGUGUAGAUUUGUAGA